UUUGAGUUGUGCACUCUUCUCGUUCACAUCGCAUCGCGGUCGCGUCACGUCGCCGGGAGGACGCUUUUGUUAAGUUGCGAAAUUCGGUUGAUCGCCGCGUGGUUUAUCGCUGCUUAGUGUUUGUGUUGCAUUUGUGGAUCGCAAAAAAAGUGCCGGCAUUUUCCGUUCCCGUGUGUACAGUGGAGAGGAAAAACAGAAGCUGUAAUAUCAAUUCACCGUAACCGCCAACAUUCAGCCCUAGAAUGCCCGAGGAAGACAAAACGUGUCCGAUCCCGGACUUGCCGCGUGGACCGCUCUGCGAGUACCGCCAGCGGGCAAAGUUCAGCUGGAAGGCCCUCAAACAAGUCUUGGAAGAUCCCAACGUGAUACGGAUUAGGUACGAUGUUUGGCAAAAGUUGGAACGCGAACCGCUGUUCGCUCCGCUCACCAACACGCUUCCAGUCGACCAGCAGAAGGAACGGGCCGCCAAGCAGGUCAAACGGAUCGCCGAGCUCAAACUGGACCCACAGGAGAUCUACUCGAUGGACUACAAGUACCGGGUGCGCUAUCUGAUGAGCAUCAACGAGGCGCUGCACGCCGUAUGUCCCAGCAUGUCGGUCAAGAUCGCCCUCGGAGUGGGACUGUUCACGAACGCGCUGCUCGCGAUGGGUUCCGAACGGCACUCGGCCAUCUACAAUGCAGCGUGGAAUCGGGAGAUCAUAACCUGCCUGGCCAUCACUGAAGUUUCUCACGGUAGCAAUACGAAGCGAUGUCGCACAACGGCCACGUACGACCCAAAGACUCAAGAAUUUAUCAUCAACACGCCGGACUUUGAGGCCGCCAAGUGUUGGGUUGGCAAUCUGGGCAAAACUGGUUCGAUGGCGUUGUUGUUCGCGAUUCUGCACACGAGUGACGGUCAAAAUCACGGACUGCAAGGAUUCCUAGUUCCGAUUAGGGAUCCAACAACCCUGCAACCCUACCCCGGGGUCAUCGUGGGCGACAUCGGUGAAAAGAUUGGCCUCAACGGAAUCGACAACGGGUUCGUGAUGUUCAACAACUACCGGAUACCGCGGGAGAACAUGCUGAACCGAGCCGGGGACGUAACGCCGGAAGGAACCUACGAGAGCACCUUCACCGAGCCGGGCAAAAUCCUGGGCGCCGUACUGGAAUCGUUCUCCGCGGGCCGACUGGGCAUCAUGCAGGAAUCAUCCAACACGCUGUCGCACGCCGCCGUCAUUGCCGUUCGCUAUGCAGCUCUUCGCAAGCAGUUUGGGCCGGAAAAGGACGGACCGGAACAGUCAAUCAUGGAGUAUCAACUGCACCAAUGGCGAAUCUUCCCCUACCUCGCCGCAGCCUGCGUACUUAAGGCUUCAGUCUUCUCCCUCACCGACAUCUAUCUGGCGACGGUGCAGAAAUCGCAGAAAGAUUCCAACGGGUUCGAGCUGCUGUCGCAAAUCGUGUCCGAGCUGCACGCCCUGGUCUCCUCCUCCAAACCACUCGUUACGUGGACCGCACGGGAUGCCAUCCAGGAGUCGAGGGAGGCUUGCGGAGGUCACGGAUACCUGCGGGCUGCAAACCUCGGGGAGUUGCGCAACAACCACGAUCCCAGCUGUACUUACGAGGGCGAUAACAACGUGCUCGGCCAGCAGGCGUCCAACUGGUUGCUGCGCCAGUGGAAGGCGGCCAAGGUGGAGAGUCCGGUGGGAACGGCUAACUUUAUUGAGCGAAGGGAGGCCAUUCUGGGGAGCAGCUUUGACGCGAUUGUUCGGGCGAGUGGUGGCGUGGUGGAGAGUGCGGAAUUCAUCACCAACUGCUACGAGUGGCUCAUGUGCUGGCUGCUACAUUCGACAGCCGAGCAGCUCCAGCAUGCCGAUAAAGACGGAACCGACCGGUUUAAGGCACGAAAUGACUCGCAGGUGUAUCGUGCUAGGGACCUGAGUCGCGCUUACUCCGAAUACUACGCCCUGGAAUGCUUCAGAAAACGCUGCCUGCGCGAAGACGUCGCCGAAAACUUGAAGCCAGUCCUGUCCAACGUGUAUCUCAUCUACGGCAUGUGGUGCAUCGAUCGUCACCUGGCCACCUUCUACGCGGGUGGCUUUGCCGUUGGACCACGCUUUGCCGAUGCCAUCCGGAGUGCGCUGCUCGGAGCCUGUGGCCAGCUGAAGGACUCGGCCGUGGCCGUCGCCGAUGCGAUCGCACCACCCGACUGGGUGCUAAACUCCGUCAUUGCAAAGUCCGACGGGCGGCUGUACGAGAACAUUCAGAACGUCAUGAUGACGAAUCCGGGGGCGAUGGAGCGAGCCUCCUGGUGGAAGGACAUCGUCCCGAGCAAGAUGAAGGCCAAGUUGUAAGGGGUUUGCGCUGCG